GACCGAACAUCGCGUUUUGACACUUUGCAUAUGUGGCUUAUCGAAUUGCGCGUCUUCGUGUGGUUGGGUCAGGAGACUGUCUCUGGUUACCCUGGCAACGUCCCAGUUCGGGCAUUGGCAAAUAAGUGGCACGCCCCACCGUCUCCCACUUAUACCACGCGACACGAGCCUCAGACAGGACCGCGCUUUGAAACUCAGGACACAUCUGGAUUCAAGACUGGAUCUGUUGGGUAAAACGUCAACACAGGAUAAAUCAAUACCAUGUCGCGAACAACCACAGUACGGAAAUACGGCAGGACGACACGAAAACCGAGGGCGGCCGAAGUACUCUUCGCGCAGCUCCCCAGGACUCCCGUCAAGUCUGAGCCCGAGAAAAACUUAGAAGGGGCCACCGAUUCAAACGAGACGGAGAUGAGGAAGAAAGUCCGAAGGCGACUUGAGGAGAUUUGCAAGAUCAAAGAUGCCGAGGAAGAAGCCCUAUCUUUGGCACUGGGCAGCAUCAACCUCCGCGGCGGAGCGGGUGAACCAGCGUACCCAAAAAUCGCGCUGGACGAAGCAGUCGACGCGAUAGUGGAUCGAUUUGAGGCGAAUCGUCUGGCCGGCACAAGUCCAUUCAAGUUAAUCAGCGCGCUGGUACCAGACCAUCAUUACCUUGACCCCGAACGGCCAGCAGACGGCAAAAACAAAAAGGCACAAGACGAGCCCUUAGAGGGGCCAUAUCAGCAGUGCGGCCUUGAGCAGGACGAACAGAAUCUAGCCGCCGAAGGAGAGUCACUCUACGACGACUUCCGCGUCCUCACCUGGGACGACGUGUGCCCUGCCGGCGACAGGAUAGAAAAGAUCGCAGAGGCGUCCUACGCUGAAGUCUACCGCAUCACCAACGCGCACGGGACGUCAAUCAUCAAAGUCAUCCGCCUCGAAUCGCCCAUCAGGGCGCAGACAAAAGCCCAAGAACGCGCCGGUCUGGUGGAUGAGGAGCCGCACUCAGAAGGGGACAUGCAGGGCGAGCAGGCGUUCCACCGCCGCAAGAAGCGCCAGGACCCCGACAUGCUGCAGUUCUAUCCGUCUCCGAGCCGCUAUCUGGACGACACCCGGUUCCUGGUCGUGGAGCUGGGCGAUGCCGGCACGGCGCUCGAGGACUUUGAGUUGACCUCGAUUAGACAAGUGUGGGAUAUCUUCCUGCACACCGCCCUCGCCCUGACCCCUCCUGCGCAGCACCGCGAUCUCCACGAAGGAAACAUUUGCAUCCGACAAGUCCGUCCUUCUACGCCCAAGCCCACCGCCUCCCAGGAAACCACCCAAUUCGGCUUGUCAGGCCUCGACGUCACCAUCCUCGACUACGGCCUCUCGCGCGCCACAGACCCCAAGAUAACAACAACAACAACAGCAGCAGCAGCAACAACAACAGUAGCAGCCGAUCUCGAGAAAGACCUUACCCUCUUCCAAUCCACGCACGCACCGCAAUGCCGCGUCUACCGCCAGAUGCGCUCCUACCUGAUCCACGCGGACCGACUGCCCCUAAUACCCGCCAGCCACCACACGACCCCCUACCCGAUCUCCCCGGCCACGGGACAACCCAUCUCCUGGACGGGCUACUAUCCGUACACCAACGUGCUCUGGCUGGCGUACCUCUACGGGUAUCUGGUGACCAACUUCAGGGGAGACAGAGCCGAGCUAAGGCGGUUCAAGGUAGAGACGAGGGAGCUGAGAGCGCACUUGGACCCGAGCGCGCACGAGGACGUGUUGAAUUUUCCGAGCGCGGGGGAGGUGGUCAGGUUUGCGGUGGAGGCGGGGUGGAUUGAGGAGGCGCAGGUUGUGGAUGGGUUGGGGGAGGGAAGUAGUAUGCUGUUGGGGGCUGGUGUGCGCGAGAAUGGGGAGGGGGAUUGUGGAGAGGGUGUCGAGAGUGACGGGGAGGGGAAGACGGGCGGUGAGGAAUGUGCUGAAGCGCGGAGGGACGAAGGGGACGGGGUGCAGGAGGCGAGACCGGUGAGGAAGACUCGCCGAAGGAAGGGUGAGGCAGACGGAGGGGCAAAGUUCUCUGAGGGAAUGUUGGAUAGGGUGAUGUGAGACUAAGGCCUCACAGAUUGGAGAUUGGAUGGUUGGGAGAGGGUCAGCAUCAUUGUGGUUUUCUGUUUCGGUCGGUUU